GAUGUUGAGCUGAUCCCACGUGUGACGAGCUUCUUCCCGGCUCAAUAAUAUUCUCUUAGCGGCUCCUCGCUUAGCUGCUGCCUCUCUCCCUGUGUGACUGAGACACACACACAUACAUACACACAGCGAGUCCCAGUGCAGGAGUGAGGACAGCCUGCUGUCACUGUGUGUGUGAGAAAGAGAGAGAGUGUGGGGCUGCUGACAGUCUUCCCUGACAAGAGUUUGCGGCUGCUGUUGGAUUCCAUUUGGCUUUUUAUACGUACACCGGCUUCUUUUUUACUAGUUAGCUUCUUUUUUUUUUAUUUUUUUUUUAAAUAGUUUAAAGGGGACAUGGAGGCAGAUGGGAGCCAGACCACCUCUGGGAGUCCGAACGAUUCUCAGCACGACCCCGGUAAAAUGUUUAUCGGCGGCCUGAGCUGGCAGACCUCCCCAGAUAGCCUCAGAGACUAUUUUAGCAAAUUUGGAGAAAUCCGAGAGUGCAUGGUGAUGAGAGACCCCACCACCAAACGGUCCAGAGGCUUCGGCUUUGUUACGUUUGCAGAUCCUGCAAGUGUAGAUAAAGUAUUAGCUCAACCCCACCAUGAAUUAGAUUCCAAGACGAUUGACCCUAAAGUUGCAUUUCCCAGAAGAGCACAGCCCAAGACGGACCCCCCACAGACUGAGCUUCAGGAAGAAGAGGGCAGUACCAGAGUGGGGGAUCAAAUGGUCACAAGAACAAAGAAAAUAUUCGUAGGGGGAUUAUCAGCAAAUACAGUAGUAGAAGAUGUAAAGCAAUACUUCGAACAGUAUGGCAAGGUUGAAGAUGCCAUGCUGAUGUUUGACAAAACUACCAACAGACAUCGAGGUUUUGGUUUUGUAACCUUUGAAAAUGAAGACGUUGUGGAGAAAGUCUGUGAAAUUCAUUUCCAUGAAAUAAACAACAAAAUGGUAGAAUGUAAGAAAGCACAACCUAAAGAGGUUAUGUUUCCUCCUGGUACAAGAGGAAGAGCGAGAGGACUACCCUAUACCAUGGAUGCAUUCAUGUUGGGGAUGGGAAUGCUGGGUUACCCGAAUUUUGUUGCAACAUAUGGUCGAGGAUACCCUGGCUUUGCCCCAAGCUACAGCUAUCAAUUCCCAGCACUUUUACCCUAUUUAAAUGCAAGUUUCCCUGCAGCAGCAGCCUAUGGACCAGUCGCAGCAGCAGCAGUGGCAGCAGCUAGAGGAUCAGGCCUCCCUGAUUAUGGUUUCUAUACUUCGCCCGGUGACCAACGGGCUACUUUAUCGUUUGCGGAUUACGGUUCCAUGGGGCCUCGGGCGGCUCAGAUGCUUCGUAGCGAGCAUGCUGCUUCAGCAAGUAACUCCCCCCUCCAUCAUCUUCCCAGCCCGGAUCAGUUUAAGAGCCCAGUCAUGAAUAGCUACAGUGCUCAACCGAAUUAUGGCGCACCCGCUUCACCAGCAGGCACCAAUCCAGCUCGACCUGGUGGAUUUCCAGGGGCUAAUAGCCCGGGCCCUGUCGCUGAUAUCUAUGGAACUGCCAACCAAGAUUCCGGUGUUGGUAACUACAUUAGCGCAGCAAGUCCUCAACCUGGUUCUGGCUUUGGCCAUGGAAUUGCUGGGCCCAUGAUUGCAACGGCAUUUACAAAUGGAUACCAUUGAAACGUUUCAGGUGGUUGGUUGCCAUCUCACUUUGAGAAUUUAUCUGGCUGCCCAGGCAAGACCGGGCGAAGUUUCUGAAUGGUCCCAUGUUGGGAUGAUGUCAUCAGGCCUUGAGUACUACAUUUUCACUAGUACAAGAUCUAUACACAGAAACACAACUGGAGAGAUGGCACUCUGGGGACUGCAACUGUUUCAAUCUCUUCAUCUCAUAAACCUGCUGUGCUAUAAAACCUACAGCUUUUUUUCUUUACAAGAAAAUUGUGCAGACCUGUAUUGCUUUUAUUUUUGCUUUUGUCAUUUUUUUUUUAUUUUGCAUUGGGAUUGUGGGGCACAUUUACGUUCACUCUUAUUAUGUUUCUUUCUAUUUGUGUUUAGUUGAAGCUAACCAUAGUACAGGUAUUAAUUGUUGAAUUAAUUAGUCUUUACUUUCAUUAUUAUUAUGGCUCAAAAGAGAUUGAACUUAUGAAUAAGUUGAAAACUUUGGUACCUGUCAGUAAGAAGAAAACAAUAUUGGCAAACAGCAUUUUGCGAACAAUGAUAUAAGGUUGGAUUUUAGCACAUGAUGAAUGUUGCAGUAGGUUUUUAUUUGGUACUGAAGUAAAUUUCAUGAUGUACAUAAUGUAAAAGAGCAGCUGGCUAAGGUGAUUAUGUAUAAUUUUUGUGAUGUCUCCCUUUGUUAAACUGAUUAUAUCUAUUUUCGGCAAUAACUUAAGGACAACAA